AUGUCUAGGUAUCAGCGCCGCUGCCACUUGGCAGGAAGAGGGGAUGAGGCCAACUUCCCUCCUCAGAGAUCAAGUGCAGACCAGCACUGGCUGAAUAUCCGUGCUAUGUCCUCCCAGUCGUAUCUGGAUGAUCAGCAGUUGCUACGGGAUACCAUCGCCAUAGGGUGGGCCGAAGACGAUUGUCAAGGAUUCAAAAUCAUUCGUAUCAGAAUGGUCACGAAAGACCUUCAAGUUGCAACGCGACUUUUCGACUUGAGCCGUUCAGCUCACAAGAAGGCGGUCCACAAAGUCGAGCACGCCAAGGCAGCCAUACAUCAGGUUUUUCCAGAGCCGGAGCAGCAGAAGCGCUUCGCCAACUUGGUGAAGGUGUUCACCACUGAUGGCGAGCCAGCGGAGCUGGCGGCAGCAGCCAUAUCGCACCCGACCAUUUUCCCGCAAUUGCGGGCAGUGUGGAGAUGCCUUUUGCAUUCAGCACAGCGAUCGCAAGAGAAUGCGAUCAAGUCGUGCGACCGCGCGGAGCGCCUCAUGAGCGAGCUGAUCAACCGGUUCAGUGAUUCCAGUGGUGCUGGAGGCCUUGCCCGGGCACUGCACAACUCGCCUUUGCUGCGGACCAAAUUUCAGGCCGUUGAGGCACGUGAUCUCGAUGCACUGGGGCAGGCAUCAAGGUCAUUGACCUUCGCGCAGCAGCGCUUCACAACAAUCACCGAGGCAUUCAGGCUCGUCAGCCUGCGGGUGAACACUGUAAUCUCUUUCCUCAGCGAGCUUCGCGCUGCAAGAGGCGCCCAUGCCGCCUGGGCGGCAAAAUUGCUGGAUGAAGUGUCUCAGAUCGCUUUCAUGUCGCGUGGCGUGCGAUUGCUCCAGCAGGAGCUUACAAAGCUCUUUGAAUUCAGUGGCCCGAACAGCUCCAUACCACCCCUGGUGUUGGACUUGGAGCGGUACAAUUCUGGCUUCGUGGCCCUGCUACGCAAAGCUCUGGUGAAGCGUGACCCAACAGGCAGCUGUGCCAUCCUCGGUGACGGGGAGCUGCUCUUCCAUCGCCCAGGACUUUCUGCGCGCGAGUUCAAAGAAGCAGUGGUCAAACAGCUGGGCUGCAUUCGCAAUUUGACCGACGUCUUUCUUCGCUCCAUCGCCGCGGAGCACCAAGCUGGGAUCGGCGAAUGCUUUGGUGCACUGGAUAUAGAGAAGGGCGCGGCAGCCAGGCCAGCUCUGCUUGAGCCCCUCGCGAAACUACUCGGAUCUUCUGCAGGCAGCGAGCUCGCGAAAGAGAUCAAUGCUGUGCGACCGACGUGCGAGCAGCUCAUACAGUCGGGCAUUUCAUCUCCUAUGGAGUACUGGGCGGAAGCCUUGAAACACUGGGGAAAACGACUGCCAGUGCUUCGCGAGGCUGUCGUUGUGAUGCUCUGCAUGUUCGAAGGGACGGGUCUGCUGGAGCAGAACUUAUCAUCAUUCAGAGCAAUGCAUCGUGACCAGAAGCGCAACACGUCCCCGGACACCCUUCGUUGCCUUCUGAAGGUCAUGGUUGAUUGUGACCCUGUCGUCACAUUCAAUAUCUUGAGCAAGGAGUAUAAGCUCAGUGAUUUUGGGAUUCGUGCUUACAACAGGUACCGCUCCUUGUUCGGUGCAGCCAGAAAUGCGCCAGCCUCCUUGCUGCCCCGUAGGACUAUGAACCGUCGAUGUUCUUCGACGGGACUUGCAGCUUUGAAACGCCUGCAAGUCCAACAGAAGGCAGAAGCCGUGCCCAAGGAGUUGCCGCUGGAAGAAGCGAGAUCCUUGAAGCGUGCCCUCGACACGUCUGCUGAGGAACACUCCACUAAGCGGCAGAAGAAGAUGGUGGUUGCUUUGGCGGAGCGGGUGACAGCCAAAUUGGCCUUGGUUUCGCCGGCCGCUUUUGCUAAGGAUGCCCGUGAGCGCUUACAGAAGCUUCAGCGUGAGGAUGAAGAGGAGUUCAAGAAAUUGGACGGCAUGCAGCUGCGGGAGCUGAAAACGGCUGAGAUUCUGGGUGAUGCGCAGAAUGGGCUGGCCGUUUGCAUUAUCAGCAAAAAUGAGAUUCCCAACGCAGACAAGAUCGUCAAAGACAAGGCAAAGGCGUUGUCUCAGCUUUGUGGGCUGCGUGUUUGUCAUUUGACAAGCAGCAGUCUAGUGGCGAGGUGUUUGCGGGCAAAGUUUGUGAUUUUUCUUGCAACCUCCAAGGAGGCAGAGGCAGGUUUGAUUUAUCAUGGCAGUGAAAGUCAUCAGGGGCUCGAUCUCGGGGCAUGUGUCAGCCGGUUGGUCGGAGGCUACAUAGCCGGCCCUGCUUGGAUGGCAGAGUGCAUUCGUCGUGGACAGCUCUUGACGCCUUUGCUUCGUUUGAGCCCGGCCGCGAAAAUGCCGAGGCAGGUUGGCUUCGAUGACACUUUGCCACAACAAGUUGCAGUUCUGAAGCUGCUUUCUGCUAUUGAGACCGAUGAUCUGGGAUUUCGGCAUUGGAUCAUUCGAUCCAAAAGAGAGGCACUGACACUGGCUACGACUUUAAUCAUAUUUUACUGA